AGCACAAAGGCGGAGUUAGAAAAAGUUUAACUAGCGGCUGUGCGGAGGGGCAGCUGAUUGCCGGAGACAGAAGAGACAAAACGCUUGCUACUCCUACCUCCUACCAAGACAGUAAAAAUUGCGUCAAUUAACUGAGCAUGCUGUUACAAUGCUCCUCUCUGAAACACAUCUGCCUACAAGUACUUUUUCCAACGCAGUGAGUUACCAGGAAAAGUAACCUUCAUGUAUCAUUUAACAAGAGGAUUAAAUGGAAGGAAUGUUAGAUGUAGGAAAUUAAUGUUUUCCUGAGGCAUUUAAAAGAUGUCAGAAACGUCUUCAAUCAACUCCAGCUCGGUAGUUUCCAAACAACGAGUCUUGCAACUCGCCCUUCGCGGAGAAUGGAUUGCACUCGAACAGACAAUCAAAGGUCUGGACAAGGGAGACUCAGAAAUUUCCCAGUUCGACGAGGAGUCUGGCCUGAGUCUACUGAUGAUUGCAGUCAAAGAAAACCGUCUAACUAUCGUUGACAGGCUUCUGGAGUUGGGGGCAAGCCUUAGCGAGCGGACAAAGGACGGACGGACGGCAUUGCACGUGGCCGCCGCCCACUCCAAGGAUGAGAUCGUGAGGCUGCUGGUGAGGAGAGGGGAUCCCAACGCGCCGGGAGGGGCCAAAGAUCAGCUGGCCCUGCACUUUGCUGCGUCCCGACCCACUGGUGCCCUCAGCACUGUCCAGACCUUACUCAAGUAUUCCUGCAAAGAAGCCCGCCUUAUACCAGACAAGGAUGGCUGCAUUCCAUUGUUUCUCGCGGUUGAAGCUGGGAAUGUUGGAAUAGUCAAGGAGCUCCUUGGAGCCUUGACAGAACCUCAACUCAGGGCUCAGAGAAAGGGAGCUGGAGAUACUGCUCUCCAUGUCUGCUGCCGAAGAAAAGACACGGAAAUGGCAAAGCUCCUCGUGGAGCAUGGAGCCAACGUGGACAUCCAAAACGAUGAAGGACAGACUCCUCUCCAUGUGGCUGCCUGGGAGGGGGAUGAACUCAUGCUCAAGUUUUUCUACCAGUGCAAGGCCAACCCCAACAUUGUGGAUAAGCUGGACAGGUCCCCUUUGCAUAUCGCUGCAGAGCGAGGCCACACUAGCGUGGUGGAAGUCCUGACGGAGAAAUUCAAGUCCAAUGUGCUUGCUAGAACCAAGGAUGGUAGCACCCUGAUGCACAUCGCCUCUCAGUGUGGGCAUCCAGACACUGCCCUGGCAUUCCUGAAGAGAGGCGUGCCCCUGCACAUGCCCAACAAGUCAGGUGCAGUCUGCCUCCACGCGGCGGCGAAGCGGGGCCACACAGCGGUAGUGAAGGCGCUGCUCCUGAAGGGGGCACACGUGGACGCCACCACCAAGGACCGGCGCACUGCUCUCCACAUCGCCGUGCAGAGCUGCAAGCCCCUGGUGGUGCAAACGCUGCUGGGGUUCGGGGCCCAGGUCCAGCUCAAAGGGGGCCAGGCUUUGGAGACCCCUCUGCACAUCGCCGCCAGGGUAAAAGAGGGGGAGAAGGUGGCGGAGAUGCUUCUGAAGAGUGGGGCGGACGUCAACGCCGAACAAGAGAACGGAGAGACAGCCAUGCAUGUGGCCGCUCGCCACGGCAGCCUGCAGAUGAUGAGAGCUCUGAUGGAGGACGGCGGGGACCUCACCUGCCGUUCCAAGGCAGGCGAGAACCCUCUGCACAUUGCGGUGCGCCACUGCCACGCCCACGUCGUGCAGGAGAUCAUCUCUUACCUGGCCAACAGGAAGUGCCGGAAGGAGGCGGAGCUCUGCGUCAGUCAGGAGAACCAGGAGGGGGAGACGUCCCUGCACCUGGCGGCAGGGCUCAGCAAGGAAGGGACGCACUCGGAAGGAGAGGACGUCCGCAUCAUCAGGAUGCUCAUGGAAUACGGGGCCGACAUCACCGCGGCGACCAAAGAGUCUGGGGAGACGCCCCUGCAUUACUGCACCAGAGUGGGCAACACCGACUUGCUGCAGGAGAUGCUGAGCACCGUACCGCCCGGCCGGCUGCAGCACGCCGUCAACAAGCACGCCAAGAACGGCUGGUCGCCCUUGCUGCUGGCAGCGGAGAGGGGUCACAGCGAGGUCGUCCGGAUCCUGCUGCAGAACCACGCCAGGGUGGACGUUUUCGACGAGCACGGCAAGGCUGCCCUCCACCUGGCCGCCGAGAACGGGCACGAGGAGAUCGCCGAUGUGCUGCUGUCCCACAAGGCCUUCGUGAACGCCAAGACCAAGCUGGGCAUGACCCCCCUGCACCUGGGGGCCCAGAACGGCUCCACCGGCCUGGUGAGGCUGCUGGUGGAGGCGCACAUGGCCAGCAUCGACGCCCUCUCCCUGAGUAAACAGACACCCCUGCACCUGGCGGCCACCAGUGGACAGCUGGAGGUGUGCAGCAGCCUCCUGAACAUGGGGGCCGACAUCAACGCAGCGGACAUCCACGGACAGACCCCUCUCCACCUGGCGGCAGAGAAUGACCACUCGGAGGUGGUGACGCUCUUCCUGAAGCACCGCCCGGAGCUGGCAACCCUGGCCAACAUGGAGGGCGCCACCUGCACCCACAUCGCCGCCUCCAAGGGCAGCGUGGCCGUCAUCAAGGAGCUGCUCAAAUUCAACAAGGGGGGCAUGAUCUCGGCACACAACAAGACGAACAGCUCCUCCCCGCUGCACCUGGCAGCCGCUGGAGGGCACACGGAGGUGGUGAAGGUGCUGCUGGAGGCGGGCGCUUCGGCCGCCGAGGAGAACGCGGAAGGCAUGACGGCCAUCCAUUCUGCAGCAAAGAAUGGGCACACGCACAUCCUGGAUGUGCUCAAAGGCAGCAUCUCCCUCAAAACCAGCAGCACCAAGACAGGCCUGACUGCGCUCCAUGUGGCAGCCUGUUUUGGGCAGGUGGACUUCGUGCGGGAGAUGCUCACCAGGGUGCCGGCCACCCUGCGCAGCGAGGCCCCGAGCGCCAGCGGCUGGGAAGGGGCACCUGGGCGCCAGCAGCCCCCCGAGUCAGGGUACACUCCUCUGCACCUGGCUGCGCAGUCGGGCCAUGAGAGCCUGGUGAGGCUGCUGCUGAACUCGCCCGGCGUUCAGGCGGACGCUGAGACCGACGUGCAGGGCUCCACCCCUCUCCACCUGGCAGCGCAGAACGGGCACACGGCCGUGGUCGGGCUCCUGCUCAGCCGGUCCAGCUCCCUGCUGCACCUGAAGGACCGGUGCGGCCGCACCUGCCUGCACCUGGCCGCAGCCAACGGGCACAUCGCCAUGGUGAGGGUUCUGCUGGGCCAGGGGGCGGAGAUCAACCACACCGACAAGAGCGUCUGGACUCCCCUGCACUACGCGGCCAAGUCCGGCUGCCUGGAGAUGGUGCGCUUCCUGGUGGAGAGCGGGGCGUCGGUGUGCCAGGAGUGCCGGGAUGGCAGGACGCCCAUCCAGUACGCCGCAGAGGAGAACCACCAGAGCACCGUCAGCUUCCUGCUGCGGAGAAGCAAUAACACCCUGCGAUUGGUGGAGGACAGGAAGUUCAUCUUUGACCUGAUGGUGUGCGGUAAGCUGAACAGCAACGCGGCGAUCGAGGAGUUUGUGCUGUACUCGGCCGCCCCGCUGGACACGGCGGUGAAGCUGUCCCGCGCGCUGGGCCUGGCCGCGCUCCGCGAGAAGGAGCGCUCCAUGGACCUGCUGAACGCCGCGCGCUACUGCGAGGGCAUCGCCGCCGAGCUGCUGACCGUGGCCUCGGGCGGCAAGAGCGCCGCCGCCAUCCUGCGGGCGCUGGACCACCGCGGCGCCAGCGUGCUGGACUGCCUGAUCGAGGGCCAGCAGAAGGCGGUGGUGGCGCACCCGGCCGUGCAGAAGUACCUGAGCGAGGUGUGGUGCGGCAGCCUGCGCUGGGCGUCCUGGAAGAUGGCGCUGCUCUUCUUCUGCCUGCUGGUGUGCCCGCCGCUCUGGCUGGCCGUGUCCCUGCCCCUGCGCCACAACUUCAACACCGUGCCCAUCAUCAAGUUCAUGAGCCACCUGGUGUCGCACAUCUUCCUCCUGUGCCUCUUCAUCCUCAGCAUCGUGUACCCGCCGGUGAACCCCGUGUACCUGGGCCGGCUGCUGCCGGGCUGGAGCGAGUGGCUGCUGCUGGCCUGGCUGUCGGGGAUGCUGGUGUCGGAGCUGACCCAGCCCGGGGAGCGGGCGGGGAUGGCCUGGAUCCGGGUGCUGGUGCUGGGCUUCUCGGCGGUGGGCUUCUUCUGCCACCUGCUGGCCUUCGCCUUCCCCGCGCCGGACCACCUGCACUGCCUCUUCGCCCGCAACAUCUUCCUGGCGGUGGCCAUGACGCUCAGCUUCGUGCAGCUGCUAGAGUUCCUCACCUUCCACCACCUGUUCGGCCCCUGGGCCAUCAUCAUCAGGGACCUGAUGAAGGACCUGGGCCGCUUCGCCGUCAUCCUCGUCCUCUUCCACACGGCCUUCACCAUGAACCUGUCGGCCGUGUACCAGCCGGUGUACCCGCCCGACCCGUCCACCGGGGGCAACGGCACGGCGACGCAGACGCCGCUGGACAUCUCCAUCCAGCUCUUCUUCGCGCUCUUCGGCCUGAUCGAGCCCGACUCCAUGCCCCCCCUCGGCCGCUCGCCGCCCUUCGCCGGGGUGGUGACGCACGUGGUCUUCGGGAUCUACCUGGUGGUGACGGUGAUCGUGCUGGUCAACCUGCUCAUCGCCAUGAUGAGCGACACCUACCAGCGCAUCCAGGCGCAGUCCGACACCGAGUGGAAGUUCGGCAGGGCCGUGCUCAUCCGGGACAUGAACCGCAAGUCCGGCACCCCGUCCCCUUUCAACCUCUUCACCCACCUCUUCUUCUACAUCAAGAUGCUCUGCAAACACGGAGGAAAGGUCUGCUCCUCCGAGGCCAGGGACCUGAUGUCCGAGGAGGAGGAGGUGGACGGGCUCUCGGACACUCGCUCUCUGGACGUGCUGGCGCACACGUCUGUGGGCUGGAUGAGAGGCAACAAGAGGACUCAGAUUCUCCCAGAAGGUGGCUUCAGGUCCCCCAGGCAGAGCGGACAGGUGCGUGUGGAGCAGGUGACUGAUUGGCAGGCGGUUGCCCUGCGUUACCUGGCCCUGCGGGGACAGAGCGACGGCACCCUGCUGGAGAGGGACGUCGCCCCCCACAAGGAAGCGUCCACGGCUCAGUGGCCUCGCGGCCUCUCAAACGCAGUCUCCUAACCGGGGGGGGGGGGACCCCGACCCCGACCCCGACCCACAGCCUCCUCAUACUGUCUGAUUCAGCAGCCCUUGUUGGUAUAACAGUUCCUGUGGGACAGAUACCUUUACAAAUAAAUUUUACAGUUUAAGGUUCAUCUGAAGGCCAUGAAACACCUAUUUCAACAUUUUCGGGAGCAAGCCCUUAACUCAUUUUUAUAAUUUACGACACUUGUCUCCGUCCAGCUCAAGGCCUCAACAUAUUUUUCGCCAAGGUACAAAAAGCUGAAGAGUUCCAGGCUUGAGUAUGAGAGCAGAGGCCUGCCGAUAUUCUGAGCACUGCCCAUAGGCCAGAUUGGGCCCGUUUUAAAGCACUCUGGAAUAACAAGGUAAUGAAUUUACUCUGCCUGUCAGACUUGCACACAGGGUUAGGAGGAUUAUUUUGACAAAGUAUUCCAUCACCGAAUACUGAACUCUCAGUUCUGGCUGUAAUGCACCCUUUGUAGGCACUCCUAAUGAGUUCAUCUUUAUAGCUUUUACAAACUUUCUUUCUCUUCGCUCAGCACAAUAGCGAAGGCAUGUUUAAUGUGGCAAUAAUUUACUGCUGUCUAUUGCAGUUUUGACCUGGCAUUGCACAGUUAGAUUCUUCUGUGUCCUCAUGCUGAAACACAUUUUACAUUUUUCUUCAUUCCACUUACUACUGUUCAGUAUGGUUUAAAUGAGCUACGAGGCUAAAGGACCUUCCCUAGACUAAGUGCAAAUUCUGCACUUCCUGUGUAGGCAGGAAACUGAACAGGUUUCAAAUAUGGAUCCAAUUAUCAGGUGUUAAUUUUAACAGCAACAACCUUUAAAGCUGGGCAGUUGGCCUCUCACAAAACAAGGCGCCUUCUUCCUGACCACAUUUGACUGAACAAAGCCGGUCCAUUACCAGUAAGAGGUGUGUAAUACACAGUAUAUGACUUUUAUAUUUGUGUUUGCUUUGCAAACCUACUUGGCCUGUGCUUUUCAAUGUGAUGUACAGUACAUUCUUUUGGUAUACUGAUAUGUAGGUGUUAUUUUGAGUUACAGUGUUAAAAACAGGCAAAUAUGGCAACAGCCAUAACUUUGUCAAAGUCUUGCACUAGUUUUCUGAUUAAUCUUAAGAAUAAUCUUGCUUUCCUUGUAAAGUGUAAAGUGUUGUUUUAAUCUUCCUUGUGUAUGCAUAGAAAUUAACAUAUCUGUUAACAUUACCCAAGGUUCUUUUCAAAAAUGAAACUAGCCAAAACAGCUGUAGCCAUGAAUGAACUGUAGUAUGUGGUAAAUUGAGUCUUUCUUCUCCUCAGAGAAGGUGAUGAGACCAUUUCUUUUCUGUUACAAGUAGAGUGGGACAGAAUGUGCUUACUUUAUAAUUCACAUAUUUUAAACAAACGUGUUAUUACUCAGUUAGGACUCCACUCCGCUUAACAUAACUUUGGACAAGAGGGGAAGGUACAAAAAUAGCCCUCAGUUUGAAAACGUUUGGGAUGUACUCUUCUGUGUCUGUUUUUGGGUUUUUUUCUUGUUCAUGAUGUUCAUUUGUGUUAACCUGCCAGCUGAAAGAUUAGUGGAGCAGGGCGGAGAAUCCGUCUUAACAGAGUGAGAGCACAUUGUGUGGUUGCAGAGGGGCCCCUAUAAGCCAAUAAAAGCUGACAUGUUGUUUCAAAUGUUGUGGCAGCAUUGGCGCACUAAUGUAAUCUCAAAUGACAGCUAUGAGCGCGUGCAUUCACUUUGAAGAUGGCUACAGUUUAUUUUUUUCACCGUAGUUGCGAGUUAAAGAUUUAUUGUAAGACCCUUGAAUGUGACACUGGCUUUAAUGUGAAUGGCCAACAUUUGUUUUUGUCUGUGCAACGUUUUGUACAAAAUAGCCACUCCACAGAGGAUUUGGCACAUUCCUUAGAUGAGAACUGAAGGCCAAAUGAAGAAGAUCAGGCAAACAUCCAACAUUUUAAAGCACUGCACUGCACGCAUAUAUCUGUGUACAUUGCGCCAAGCUUCCUGAUACAGUGUUAAAGCAAAAAAGAAAAAAAGGAAUACUGGUGAAUAAAGAUCCUUUGAACAAUA